GGUGCCAGCACCCAGAUCCGUCAACAGCUCCGUCCCAGGGACAUCACUGCUCAGUAUUGUGGAAGUAGGAGAGGUCAGCUUGGAUCCAGCACCUCAGGAUAUAAGGCAUCCCUGCUGUGCUUCAUACUGCCCUUGUGGGAGGUGCCAGCAGGCCAGCUCCAAUACAGGCUGGGUCAUAGCAACAUCAGUGAUGGCAAUAAUGAUAUCGAGUAGUUCUCAGAAGCAGUUUGAGGCAAUGAAGUUUCUGCUGCACAAGAGCAUCCCUGGCCAUGGGGAGGUCUUUGAUGAUGUGCCAGAGAGAGAACUGCAGCCUGGGGACAUUGUGCUCUACCCCAUAGAGAACUCUGUCUCCGUUUGCUCCCUCUUCAAACACGCAGCUGUCUACCUUGGGGAUGGAGAGGUCAUACACUUCCAGGGAAGCACUGGUGAGGGUAACACUGCUUGGAUCAGCAAGAAAGGCUUCCAGGCCAUGAAAAAGGCACUAGGGAAAUGCCAGAUUUACAGGAAGAGAGGAGAGAUCGACCUCAAUGACUUCCAAAGCAAAGCCCAGGAGGCGAUGAACAGGGGAACCAAGUAUCACCCAGGCACCACCAACUGCAUCCACUUUGCCCUCUGGCUUCUGGGCUUAGAGGACUUCUACUUGCAGCUGGUGGAAAUCCCAAAGGAAGAUGGCAAAGAAGAGGCCAAGCACAGAAUCAGCCAGGUUGGAAAAGACCUCAGAGAUCAUCAAGUCCAACCUCUCUCCUUGCAGAUAUCGAGCAGUUCUCAGAAGCAGUUUGAGGCAAUGAAGUUUCUGCUGCACAAGAGCAUCCCUGGCCAUGGGGAGGUCUUUGAUGAUGUGCCAGAGAGAGAACUGCAGCCUGGGGACAUUGUGCUCUACCCCAUAGAGAACUCUGUCUCCGUUUGCUCCCUCUUCAAACACGCAGCUGUCUACCUUGGGGAUGGAGAGGUCAUACACUUCCAGGGAAGCACUGGUGAGGGUAACACUGCUUGGAUCAGCAAGAAAGGCUUCCAGGCCAUGAAAAAGGCACUAGGGAAAUGCCAGAUUUACAGGAAGAGAGGAGAGAUCGACCUCAAUGACUUCCAAAGCAAAGCCCAGGAGGCGAUGAACAGGGGAACCAAGUAUCACCCAGGCACCACCAACUGCAUCCACUUUGCCCUCUGGCUUCUGGGCUUAGAGGACUUCUACUUGCAGCUGGUGGAAAUCCCAAAGGAAGAUGGCAAAGAAGAGGCCAAGCACAGAAUCAGCCAGGUUGGAAAAGACCUCAGAGAUCAUCAAGUCCAACCUCUCUCCUUGCAGAUAUCGAGCAGUUCUCAGAAGCAGUUUGAGGCAAUGAAGUUUCUGCUGCACAAGAGCAUCCCUGGCCAUGGGGAGGUCUUUGAUGAUGUGCCAGAGAGAGAACUGCAGCCUGGGGACAUUGUGCUCUACCCCAUAGAGAACUCUGUCUCCGUUUGCUCCCUCUUCAAACACGCAGCUGUCUACCUUGGGGAUGGAGAGGUCAUACACUUCCAGGGAAGCACUGGUGAGGGUAACACUGCUUGGAUCAGCAAGAAAGGCUUCCAGGCCAUGAAAAAGGCACUAGGGAAAUGCCAGAUUUACAGGAAGAGAGGAGAGAUCGACCUCAAUGACUUCCAAAGCAAAGCCCAGGAGGCGAUGAACAGGGGAACCAAGUAUCACCCAGGCACCACCAACUGCAUCCACUUUGCCCUCUGGCUUCUGGGCUUAGAGGACUUCUACUUGCAGCUGGUGGAAAUCCCAAAGGAAGAUGGCAAAGAAGAGGCCAAUCAGAGAAUCAGCCAGGUUGGAAAUGACCUCAGAGAUCAUCAAGUCCAACCUCUCUCCUUGCAGAUGUGGAACAGUUCUCAGAGGAUGUAUAAUGCCAUUCAGUUUCUGCUGCGCAAGAGCAUCCCUGGGCAUGGGAAGGUCUUCGACAAAGUGCCAGAGGCAGAAAUGCAGCCUGGGGACAUCAUUCUUGUCCCCAUGCAAGAUAAGAACCUCCUUUACUGCCUCUUCAAACACGCAGCUGUCUACAUCGGGGAUGGAGAGCUCAUACACUUCCAGGAAAUCUCUGGUCAGGGUAGCAAUGGUCAGAUCAGCAAGGAAGGCUUCCAGGCCAUGAAAAUGGCAACACGGAAUUACCAGAUCUACCGGAAAAGAGGAGGGAUUGACCUCAAUGACUUCCGUAGCAAAGUCAAGGAGGCAAUGCACAGCGAAGCUGAGUAUCACCUAGGCACCAACAACUGCAUCCACUUUGCCCUCUGGCUUCUGGGCUUGGCAGACUUCUACAGGAAACUGGUGGAAUUCCACGAAGAAGUUGACAAAGAAAAGGCUGUGAGCAUUCCCAGGGUGGAAAUCUCUGAUGAAGAUGGCAGAGAGGAGGCCAUGAGUAUCCCCAGUGACAGCCCUUCCAGGCAGGGCUCUGGUAUCCCUGGGACAGCUGCAGUGUUGUCAAAGGGGCAGUGAUCUGUGAUGUGAAGUAAUGGCAACAGCCAGAACAGCCUGAGCAUGACCAGCCCUGACCCACAGAGGAGCCUCAGCAUUGCCCCACGCACCCCAAUGCCUCACCCCAGGGAAGGACCUUUGCUGAGGAGGAGCUGUUCCCUUCUGCUUGCUGCAGCUUCAUUGCCAUGCAUUCAUGAGGGGCUUCAUUCCUGCUCGCUCCAUUACAUGUCCCCAUUUCCCUCCACCAACAUCUACAAUGACAAUAAAGCAGAGAGCACAAGACAAUGCAGAAGGUACUGCCUGGGUGUCCUAGAGCAGACAACGUGUCCCCAGGCAGCUGGGCUGGGCUGGGCUGAGCUUGGGCUGCUGCCAGGAGCCCAGCCAGCUGCCCCAUGCCUGCCCUCCUCAGCUGC